AUGUACACCUCCACCAUUUUCUCGGGUCUCCUUUUCACGGCGGCUGCCCUGGCUGCCCCGGCCGCCCCUCCCGCCUCGAGCCACACUUCUUCGGCGGCACCCGCAGCCAACACCGGCGUCUCCAUCGACGACGUCCUCCCCCCCAUCGUCCCCGUCAACACCCGCUCCGGCAACCAGGAACUUAUCACCAAGCUCAUGACGGCCCCGACGCAGCAGGAGCGCGUCCGCCUGCUCAACCAGCCCGGCGACUUCGUCUUCGACUUCAACGACGCCGGCGCGCCCGCCGGCUCCGAGUCCCGAGGCAAGGGGGGCUUCUCGACCUCGGCCACGGCCAAGACGUUCCCGGCCCUCAUCGGCAACGGCGCCGCCAUGACGCUCGCCUUCCUCGGCCCCUGCGGCAUGAACACGGCCCACGUCCACAACCGCGCCACCGAGCUCAACGUCGUCGUCAAGGGCCGCCUCGUCACCAACUUCAUCGUCGAGAACGGCCUCGACCCCAUCGCCAACACCAUGGACACCUUCCAGAUGUCCGUCUUCCCCCAGGGCGCCAUCCACCAGGAGUUCAACCCGGACUGCGAGGACGCCGUCUUCGUCGCCGGCUUCAACGACGUCGACCCGGGCGUCGAGCAGGUCGCCCAGACCUUCCUCAACCUCCGCCCGGACGUCGUCUCCGCCACUCUCGGCGGCGUGCAGACCGUCGACGGCGCCGACCUGGAGAGCUUCCGCGAGCACAUCCCGGCCAACAUCGCCCUCGGCAUCGACGCCUGCCUGAACAAGUGCGGCAUCAAGAGGAACGCGAAGCGCGACCUGAACGAGAUCUUCGGCUCUGCUUAG